UAGUUUUUCAUGUAAUCAUCAGACAAAUGUGUUGAUAGUUAGCAAUGAAGUUUUCCGUAUUGAUCAUGUGUAGAAUUUAACGACGCCUUAAGGGAGAUUGUGUGGCCUUUGUUAUCGAAUCUUUUUGGAUUUAGCUCGCUAAGUCUUAAAACGACUCCCUGUUGAACAGUAACGUGUAGCCAUUAGCCCGCUAACGUUAGGUUUUGUUGCUCUUAUAAAGUUAUUUAAUCACAGUAGGCAUGACUGUAGCGGUAUUUUUCGGCUGUGCUUUCAUAGCUUUCGGGCCCGCGUUCGCCCUCUUUAUUUUCACUAUCGCUAAAGAUCCAUUGCGAGUCAUCAUUCUCAUCGCUGGGGCAUUUUUCUGGCUCCUGUCCUUACUCCUGUCUUCGUUGGUUUGGUUCAUUGCUGUGAAGGCCAGCAAUGCUGAUAAUGCCAGUCUGCAGAGAGGCCUGCUUAUAUUUGGGGUCAUCUUCUCUGUGCUCUUACAGGAGGUGUUCCGCUUUGCUUACUACAGGCUGCUCAGGAAGGCUAAUGAAGGGCUGGCAACCAUCAGUGAUGAGGAAGCAUCACCAAUUUCAGUCCAGCAAAUGGCUUACGUGGCUGGGCUGGGUUUUGGGAUUAUGAGCGGGGCCUUCUCUAUGAUCAACAUCCUCUCUGACUCCCUGGGCCCAGGCACAGUGGGCAUCUUUGGGGACUCUCAGUACUACUUCAUCACCUCAGCUCUGAUGACAAUGGCCAUGACAUUGUUGCACACAUUCUGGGGUGUGGUUUUCUUCCAUGGUUGUGAGAAGGGUAACUGGUGGGUCACUGCGACAGUGGUGUGUCUCCACCUGCUGGUGUCCUGUCUGUCUCUGUUGAACCCACUGUAUGAGGGCAGUCUGCCUCCUGUUUACUGCGUCAUGGUGGUGAUGGCUGUUUGGGCAUUCUUCAGCUCAGGAGGAUCACUGAACAACCUAGCACAGCUAUGUACACGUCGGAAAACUGACGUGAGUACUUCGUAAGAUGUGUUCUGGUCUCUCCAAGAGACGCACGCAGGAUUUUUGGCUCUCUGUUCAGUGGAACAGAAGUGAUUGAUGGAGAACAUAUUUCUGUCCAUGGGUGAUGCGAUUGGACGAAAACAGAGCCCCUACCAACCUGGCUAUCCUGACAACAGCCAAUCAGGCAGGAGGACCUUUACAAGCUUUUUUUUUUUUUUUUUCUGACCGUAAACGCUGUACAUAGCUUAUCAUGAUUUAACACAGACGCACACAUUCACAAGAGUGUGUGCUGGUCAGAUGAUUGAUCAGAAGGGAACGAGGAAUUUCCGUGUAUG